AUGGAAACGUCGAAAGAGUUCGAAUUCCGGCCGGCCAAGGAGACGUCACGCUCCAAAAGUCCCGGUGGAAUCGUAGGGAGACUCUCGAAUUUUGCUCGAAAUAAAGCGAGACAUUCGUUGAGUGAAAAAGGAUCGAAUUCGGUUGGAGGAAGUGGUGGAAGCGGGUUUGAUAAACCAAGAAAGGACCUGCUGAAAGAAUUUCACAAAUGCAAGGAAGCACAAGACCAACGAUUGGAUUUGUCCUCGAUCGAAAUCACGAGUAUCCCAUCACCGAUCAAAGAGCUCACACAGCUGACAGAGCUCUUUUUGUAUAAGAACAAACUGACAUGCCUGCCAACUGAAAUCGGACAACUCGUGAAUCUCAAAAAACUAGGACUCUCUGAAAAUGCUCUCUCUUCUCUACCGGACUCUCUCGCCUCUUUGGAAUCACUUGAAACUCUCGAUUUGAGGCAUAACAAACUGACAGAAGUUCCAUCGGUGAUUUACAAGAUUAAUUCACUGGAAACAUUAUGGUUGAGGUAUAAUCGAAUCGUAGCCGUAGACGAACAAAUCGGAAAUCUUGUCAAACUGAAAAUGUUGGAUGUUCGAGAGAAUAAAAUUCGAGAACUUCCAUCUGCAAUCGGCAAGCUGACGUCGUUGGUGGUGUGUCUUGUUUCGUAUAAUCAUUUGACACGUGUUCCAGAAGAAAUCGGUGAAUGUCUAUCCCUGACUCAACUGGAUCUCCAACACAAUGAUCUAUCCGAACUACCGUACUCCAUCGGAAAACUGACGAAUCUCGUUCGAAUUGGAAUCCGUUAUAACAAGAUUCGAUGUAUUCCAAGCGAAUUGGAAAGUUGUCAGCAAUUGGAGGAGUUCAUUGUGGAGAGUAAUCAUUUGCAAUUGUUACCGCCAAAUCUUCUGACAAUGCUUCCAAAAAUCCACACUGUCAAUCUAUCAAGAAAUGAAUUGACUGCAUUCCCAGCUGGUGGACCUCAACAAUUUGUAUCUACAGUCACUAUCAAUAUGGAACAUAAUCAGAUUUCGAAGAUCCCAAUCGGAAUUUUCUCGAAAGCCACACGAUUGACAAAACUGAAUUUAAAGGAGAACGAGCUGGUCUCGCUGCCUCUUGAUAUGGGAUCAUGGACAUCAAUAACCGAACUGAAUCUCUCCACAAAUCAAUUGAAAGUGCUUCCCGAAGACAUCGAGAAACUUGUCAAUUUGGAAAUUCUCGUCCUAUCGAAUAAUCAACUGAAAAAGCUUCCGAAUCAGAUUGGAAAUCUCAAAAAACUCCGUGAGCUGGAUCUCGAGGAGAAUGAAUUAGAGACAGUGCCAACUGAGAUUGGAUUCUUGCAACAUUUGACGAAAUUAUGGAUUCAAUCGAAUAAGAUUAUCACACUUCCAAGAUCGAUUGGAAAUUUAUGUUCACUUCAAGAUUUGAGACUGGGAGAGAAUAAUUUGACAGCGAUUCCGGAAGAGAUUGGUCACCUCGACUCAUUGAAAUCUUUGUACCUCAACGACAACUCAUCUCUUCACAAUCUUCCAUUCGAACUCGCUCUCUGUCAAUCCCUUGAAAUCAUGUCAAUCGAAAACUCUCCAUUAUCUCAAAUCCCACCAGAAAUCACUGCUGGUGGACCAUCACUUGUGAUACAGUACCUCAAAAUGCAAGGACCUUAUCGUGGAGUCGUGAUGACGGGGCAAUAA